UUUUCUUCUAAUUUUCCCGGAAAAAAUGAGUAUAAAAUUCGCCCAUUUCCCCAUUUCGUCAAUGGGAGCACCACUUCCUAUGAGGGCUCCUCCAAUUUUACCUAUAUGGUCGUUUUUAUUUGGACCAAUUGGACUGGAUGUAUGUAAUUCGAUUGAAGUCUCUGCAAUGUGAAGCUGAAGAUCGGAUAAAUUGAUGAUGACGACAACUUUUAGAAGGAACCAGCUGAAGAAGGCGAAGGAUCAUUUCUAAAUUUAGCUACUUUGUUAACUUAGGAAGAGAAAAUUCACGCUUCAUAGGUCUCCAUUAUUUCUUUCUACAAGGAAGUGCAGCCAACUAAAAAUUUAUAAUUAGGGUUCACCUGAAACUACUUGCCGAGGAAUGUCCAAUGACAUCUUGGAGAAGGAUAGUUUCUUUGAGAAAACUGCAUCAGUUCAAUUGGUCUCCAGAGUGAUAUAUUUACAAACUAGUUCUCCACACUGGGAAUAUUGGUUAUCUUAUGGCAUAAUUCGUGCAUACAUAAACAGUGAGCAUGAAAGGCCAAGAUAGCUCCCAACUUCCCAAAAGAGUUCCUCUAAACCAUGUGUCAAGGAAGCUGUGAAAGAUUUGAGAAAAUGAAUAAACAGAAUAAUCCUUGUAUAAACAAUCGGCCAUCAGUAUAUUACUGGUGGAGACCAGAUGAGAGGAUAUCAUAUGAGCUGACUGAUUUUGUUCUUGAAACUGAUACCUCCAACUUUUGUGAUGCCAGACACAGUAAGGAUAUCAGUAAUAUAAAUGAACAGAAAUCUUCUAAGAUAUUGAGCACAGCUCAGAUCAUUUCAAUUUCUGGCCAAGUAUUGAGUCUUGCUAGACGUCCUCUUACUUUUUUCCAACCGAUGAGGAUUUUAAAUCAAGAAAAUGAUGGUUCCAAUGAUGUUAUCUUCAAUAAUGUGGUUGAAGUUAAUGGCAAUGCAGUUACUUCACCUGAAAUGAAAAAAAAUUGUGUUGAUAUAAGGACCGAUGGCCAAUGUUCUCCAGUGGUGCAGCCUAUCUUGGAUUGUUUGACAGUAACUCGGAAGAUGUCUAUGUUAGAACCUCGUAAAAAUAAUUCCAUGUCAUUCCGAAGUCUGCUACAUGGUGGUAAUGACAUGUCGGACAAAUCAUGGAAGGGAAAAGGCCUUGGAAGUGCAAAAAUCUCACACAGUCUGGGGAAGAUAUAUGGAUGGAUGAGUCAUAUAAGUCAUAGUGAGACUUGCUACCCUGUGAAAGUUGCCAAUACUGAAAGCAUGAAAGCCAAUGCAUUCGAGGCUAGAGGCGCCUUUAAUAAAGCAGGAGAUACGAAUUUUCUUGUAAAUGAGGCGAUCAAUGAAAUUUCGAAGAAUGCUUCUACGUUUCAAUUUAUCAAUUUUUCAUCACUGUUCAUCAAAAAAUUGGAGAUAAAUAUGAUGGAAAAUGUUUAUAUGGCCUCACGUAUCCUCACAUUUGUGCAAGAUAACAAGGCAGAUGGCAGUAUUCUGGGGAGCCCAGAUUCAGAUAUUUCGGCAGUCCAUUCACUACCUUCCAAAGAUGGUGCAUUAGACAAGUUGGCCUACGAGAGCAAGACUGAUAGCAGUGAACAACAUGAGAAUAAAACCAAACAGCCUGACAAGUCCAUUGUUGAAAAUGAAUACAACAGAGAGGAUUGCUCUUUGACAAGUGAAAAAUCUUGUUACAAUAUCGCUAAUCAAGGACAUGCCUUUGCAGGAGCAUUGGCUGGUGUAUUUGUCAGCCUUUGUCUACAUCCUGUUGAUACAAUCAAAACAGUGUUUCAGUCUUAUCAUGCAGAACAGAAGUCUCUCAGUUACAUUGGAAAAUCAAUUGUCUCUGAUCGAGGUUUAAGUGGACUUUAUCGUGGAAUCUCCACAAACAUUGCUUCUUCGGCUCCCACAUCUGCUAUUUACACUUUCACAUAUGAGUCAGUUAAAGGAGCUCUGCUUCCACUUUUCCAAGAGGAGUAUCGCUCUUGUGUCCAUUGUGCUGCUGGUGGCUGUGCAAGUAUUGCUACAUCUUUUAUUUUUACCCCAAGUGAGCGUAUAAAACAGCAGAUGCAAGUUAGUGCACACUACCACAACUGCUGGAAUGCCUUCGUUGGCGUUGUUGCGAAGGGUGGAUUGCGUGGAUUAUAUACCGGGUGGGGAGCUGUUCUUUGUAGAAAUGUACCGCACUCAAUUGUCAAGUUCUAUACAUAUGAGAGUUUGAAAGGACUGAUGAAAUCUAAUGCUCAACAAAGUACAUCACAAACGUUAGUUUGUGGAGGAGUAGCUGGUUCUACUGCUGCUUUGUUUACCACUCCCUUUGAUGUUGUAAAGACAAGAUUGCAAACACAGAGACCAGGAUCUCUGAGCCCAUAUAAAAAUGUGACUCAAGCACUCUAUGAAAUAGGCAAGAAAGAAGGUCUGAAAGGCCUCUACAGGGGGCUGACUCCAAGACUGGUUAUGUAUAUGUCUCAAGGUGCAAUCUUCUUCACCUCUUAUGAAUUUUUGAAGAGACUCUUUUCCCUUGAGAAGCCCCAACAGGCCACCAAAAGAGUCCAAUGCCAACCCGAUCCGAAAUCGGGAAGAUGAUCCAACAUGAGAACGCAAUUCUCUUCAUCAUCAACAUUAGCAAGCAUCCUCCUCGUUGUUGUCAUCAACAACCUUGACGCAGGAUUUGCCCUCCUAAUAUUUGCCAAAAUAUGAAGAAAUUGAUUGGGGAUGUCCUAUCUGAGAGAUUAUAUUUGAAAUUUUUGCCACAGAAAGUACAAAGAGAUGUUUCAUCCAUUGUAGUUGGAGGGUGUCACUUUGAGAUUGGGUUUCUGCAUCAUCCACAUAAAUUGAAAGGAAGGUGUUGCAGCAGAGCCCUAAGAAUUAGAUUAUUAUAGAUUCUUUUAGACGAGGAAGAAGUCAUUUUUCAGAGUAAAUAAUUGUGAAUUAGAGUGUUGAUUUUCAUCAUUAUUGAGUAGGUAACCUACAUGUAGUAAGAAGCUUAGGCUAUACUGUACACUUUUAAGCAAAGUAUAAAUAAAUUUCCAA